AUGGGAGACAUUAUUCGUGUUGUUUAUACAGAUUACAACAUCGACACAAUGAUCAUUCAAUUUAUUACUGCGUCCCAAUUGCCCAAAAAAAUACAUGGCAGUCACGAUUUUGCAAUGUGGAAGGCACAAUUAUCCAUGCUUAUGCAUAUUCAUGAUCUCUAUGGUCAUCUCGAUGGGUCUACUCCUUCUCAUCUCACACUAUCACAACUUGAACAACCCCUAGUGCCAAUCAUGCGUAAUUCUCUUUGGUUUCGACAAGACCAACUCAUUCAAAACGCACUUAUGGCAUCCGUUGAUCCAACAAUUGCUGCCAAAGUUGCCACUACUAACUCAGCUAAGACAACCUGUGAUGCCCUGCACACCGCUUAUGAAAAUAAGUCUUAA